AUGCUUUCUCCUCAAUGGCGGCAGCGGCGGCUGAAUUGGCGACUGGUAAGUUGUCUAGCCGUUGAGCUCGCUCAUUGCUGAAAUGGAGUUGGUGCUCGGGUAAAGACAACAGGGCAAUAUUCCGCUUACCUGGGGGUCGUUUACCAUGACAUCUCCUGUCAGGUCCCAUUGUCUGCGUCUCGCGCCUUCAUGCUACCGUGGAGAUGACGCAUCAUCUGAUCUGAUCCCUCUCGUUCUCACACUGUCACUUACGCCACCAUCAUCUAUCCCCCCCAAGCUCAAACCAUAAGCCUGUAUUCUAUAGAACUUUGUGCAGUUGUCAAGCAGUGCGAUUUUGCCCGGUGUUUGCCCAACUCUGAUCGACAACACGCUCUACAGCAAACUAUGCUUUACUUGCAGCAGCUGAAAUACAGCGAUUCCAAAUCAACACCUGGAUCACCUGCGGCUAUAUAGAGCUUAGGCGAAGAGCUAGCGUAAUUCAGGGCGGAAGUCGCUGUGAGACCGAUGAGGAGAUCGAUUGGAGAGUGCGUCAUCCUCUUUUUUUUACGGGAAUCGAAGCCCCACCCUGCUAACACACAACACCAGCACGCUUGCAAUCCGCACACACGAAACACCACCCAGCCAGCUCCCUCCCUCCGCAUCGGAUCAGUAUAUUUUAGUACAAAUUGGUGCACCUAGAGUGGCGUGAUCUGCUCGCGUCAGUCGCUUGGCUUGUGAACAAUGAUGACAGCAGCCCUAAUGCAAUGAGUGCAACAUUCGUAGGACGUGACACAGGGCUGCAGGUUUGCAGCCAGCUCGUGGGAAAUUUACCUGACAUAUAAAUUUUGUGCCAUAGCUGAAGGUAAAACCACUGUAUAGCCUAAAGUUGCCUAUCCGUCAGAACCGAGAGCCCCUUCAGCUUACAGAAUAUAUCUCCUAAAAUCGCACUCAUCCACCUUGAUCGAAUGGUAUAACCUCGGUGCAACGGUGAAAUUCGGACCCACGACUGCAAGGGUUCAGCUAUGUCAAUUAAUUCAUAUCUCCUUAUGUUGAUUCGCAAGGCGAGCCUAUUGCAGCUUGGCGGACUAUUGUCGAUAUUGCCGUAUUAAACUCAGGUACACAGACGAGUCAUUUUGAUACGCAUAUGAAAUACUUGGCAGCCCGGUGGGGAAUGAACACACUGCAGCAAGAGGUAGCCUUAGUACAGCCAACGCUUUAGUCACCUAUGCUAACAGGCUCCAUCUGACGACGCUACAAUAAUGGUAUCUACCAUAAUACCUAUGAACUACAUGAGACUCUUGGCCAACUGGUGGAUUCUAGAUGCAUGAAUUAAAAAAUCCUGCUUGGAAAUUCAGCUUACUGUAUCAGAUUUGGUGGAUUCCAGACCUUGCAGUAGAUCGAACGGGUAAACUUGAUUUAGAUAUGAUUCAACUCGCGUCGUCCGGUGGGGCCUCGUAUCUUAGGUGGCUAGACCGUUGGCCGUACUGAAGCCACUCUUGGCCGUCGUGGGUUUGAAUUCCACCAGUUAGGCACAUGAGCAACUUCGGAGACUGAACCCAGUUAUUUUUCAGAAGCAAAGUACUCUGAACAGUGUCAUUGUGAUGUGAGGAGAUUCACUCGAUCGCUGGAGCGAAAAUAAUAUUCACUUGAUUUUCGCGAUACCUUUUUGAUCAAGAACAGCAACAGAUGGAAGUUUUGGACGAACAGGGUGCGGCAUUUUUAUAAGCUGCAUUUCCUAUGCUAUCAUGCGCAUGUAUAUAAUCAUAACGUCCGCAUUCACUGGGAAGAGCUCGCCCGCGAUCGACCGACCUGGAGGAGGACAGUGAAGACGGGCGCUGCGAUCAACGAAUACAUCCGCAUCGACGCCGCCAAAGCGAAACGCGAAGCCCGCAAAUCACAACUUCGCCCAGUACGCAACGCCGACGCGCAACCGCUACCAACGUGUCCUCGAUGUCAACGGACCUUCCGGGCACGAAUUGGACGUGUUGGACACAUACGGAUCAACUGCGCCUCUCGGACCGCACCAUACGUCGUCCGUACGCGCGCCUCUUCCUCGUCGUCUACGCCGCCAAAUAACUCUGACUACUCUUCUGAACCACCAAUUCCAUCAUCCUCCUCCUCCUCCUCCUCUACUGCUGCUACCUCCGACUCCAGAGUUGAGGACCGGGACUACACCUGCCCUCACCUCCACCUCACACAUCGGCCUGGUCGGUCGCUUGCAAAUCCAUCGCACAGAGACUGGCGAACCAGUGCCUGGAGCACCAACCUACACCCACCGCACUCGCCUCCGCUGCCCACACUGCCCUCGCACCUUCAAGCAUCGGAUGGGUCUAUUCGGCCACAUGUGCACCCACGAGAGCGGAAGUGACCACAAUUCCGACACACCCACCACAUCCAACACAUCCACCAUGCCCAGCCCCAUCCUCUCUCCAUCGCCCGCGCCCGUCACCACCACCGCCUCCUCUGCAGCUGACACCGACACCGUUGACCUCUUGCCCACACUCUGCACUCAUCUGCACCCACCAAACUCGACUCAACUGCCAACACUGCCCUCGCACUUCCACGCACCUUAUGGGCCUAUUCGGUCACAUGCUCAUCCACGACAUCGGAAUUGGCCGCCAUCCCGUCUCACCCGACACGCCAAACCCCACACUCACUUCAUCGCCCUGUGCUCCCACCAACCCCUCGGCAACUGA